AUCAAGAGCGUACUAAAUUUGCACACUUCAGACCUUUGACAUUUUUAGAUUUUAUUAGCAAGAAAAUUUUCGUAACCUAAAAAACUAAACUCGGCAAAAUUCGUAAUAUUCUCAAAGCCAAAUAUAAAGAUAGAAUCAAUUAAAAUAGAAAUUGCAAGCGACCUAGAGACUUAGUAUGCCGAUACGUAAGAUCAAAGCCCGUCAGAUAUUUGAUGCAUGCGGCGACCCGACAGUCGAAGUCGAUUUAAUAACGGAUGUCGGACUACUACGUAGUAGCGUGCCGAGCGUGAUUUUUCCAUCAAACAUACAGGCGAAAGAAAUUCGGGAUGAAAAUGAGGCGGUGUUCAGGGGUCGCUCCGUGCUCAAAGUUAUCGAAACGAUCAAUAAUCGAAUUGCGCCUGAAAUUCUAAAAUCAAAGUUGGAAGUGAACCAGCAGCGCGAGAUCGACUUGCUUAUGCAAACUUUGGAUGGAACCCCAAACAAGUCGAAACUCGGAGCUAAUGCAAUUCUCGGCGUUUCCAUUGCCUGUUGCAAGGCCUCUGCAGCCAAGAGAGGCUUACCUCUUUACAGGUACAUCGCCAGUUUAUGCGGCAACGAAAAAAUUUAUUUGCCCGUGCCAAUUUUUAAGAUUUUCAGUGGAGGUCGAGCAGCUGGAAAUAAUUUAGCUUACGAAGCGUUUCUUAUUUUACCCACUGGUGCCACAACGUUCGCAGAAGCCAUGAAAAUGGGCAUAGACAUAUAUCGCGAAAUCGAGGAGCAGCUUGCCAAAAUCCAAGAAGCAAAACUGCCACUAACGGUAUUAAACGAGGGUACUUUCGCUCCGCAAUUCGAUGACAAUAAGGAGGCGCUGGCGACAAUCGAUACGGCUAUUAAAAAUAAAGGCUACGAGGGCAAAGUUAAAAUUGCUGUCGAUAUUGGAGCUUCGACAUUCUUCAAAGAUGGCAAAUACGACCUCCAGUAUAAGAGCGAGGACUCGAACCCGGAGGAUUAUUUGGAGCCAAAUGAUCUCCAAGAGCAGUAUAAGCAACUUUUCCCCGACUUCCCGGCUCUCGUUUCCAUUGAGGAUCCGUUCGGUCUAGACAAUUGGGACGACUGGACUAACCUCGUGACCGCUCUACCGGACAUCCAGAUAGUCGCCGAUGAGCUCACGGCUACGAAUGCCGAACGACUCGACAAGGCGAUCGAGCAACAGGCAGCCAAUAGUUUUGUUAUUAGGUUGAGUCACAUAGGCAGUGUUACAGAAGCCAUUGACUGCGUGAAACAGGCAAGGGACGCCGGUUGGGGCUGCAUCGUCAGUGCAGGUCAGGGUGAAACCGAAGAUACUUUUAUUGCCGAUUUUGCGGUUGGUACUUCGUGUGGACAAUUCAAAACUGGAGCUCCUUGUCGAAGUGAAAGAGUGGCGAAGUACAAUCAGAUUUUAAGAAUCGAAGAGGAAUUGGGAAAAGAAGCGAAAUAUGCUGGUGAAAAAUACCGGAAUCCAUUUAGCAAAUAAACAAGGUAUUUCAUUAUUAACUCCCAUUAUCUUUAUUAGCAUAUAUUCUAUUUCUUAAA